AUGAUAAUUGAUGAAUAUUGGAGUAUAUUAUGUCUAAGAGAAAAGUAUGAGAGCCCCCUAUGUGUAUUCUCUAGUUUGGUAUCUGUAGUGAUUGAAUCGUACUGUAAGUUCUUAGUAGUAGAUAUUACUGGUUUGGUCCCAAAGUUUUUACCCAGUUGGGUUUCGCCGUCAACAAUUCUUGCAUUAUUUAUUGCUUUCACAUUACAAACUAUGGCAGUUCAACGUAGGGUAGUAGGUUCAUGUAUGUGCAUCUUUAUCAGCAUUGUAUAUGACAAACUUGAAAGUGCCUCUUAUGACCAAAAAAAGUUCAAUGUUCAAUUCAACGAAGCCGAGUGUUAUAAAAUCGACACUCAAAACAAAAAAGUGUACUGCCGAUCAAUCCAAGACAACAAUUUGGGUGUCAGUGAAGAAUUUAGUCUGGAAUACGAUUAUCUGGUGAUAGCCAUGGGUGCUCGUGUGAACACAUUCAAUACUCCUGGUGUUGUGGAGCAUGCACACUUUUUGAAGGAAAUAGAAGACGCACAAAGGAUCCGGAGAACGGUAAUAGACUGUUUUGAAAGGGCUAGUCUCCCCACAAUAAGUGAAGAGGAAAGGAAAAGAAUCCUGCAUUUUGUUAUUGUUGGAGGAGGUCCAACAGGAGUCGAGUUUGCAGCAGAGCUUCAUGACUUUGUGAUUGAUGAUCUAGCCAAGCUUUAUCCUACAUUGAAGGAUAAAGUGAAAAUCACACUUCUUGAAGCUACAGAUCAUAUUCUAAACAUGUUUGAUAAAAGAAUUACUGUUUUUGCUGAAGAAAAAUUCCAGAGGGAUGGAAUUGACUUGAAAACUGGAUCACUGGUUACGAAGGUUUCUGAUAAAGAAAUAUCCACUAAAGAGAGAGCCACUGGCCAAAAUGUGUCAAUUCCAUAUGGGAUGGUAGUCUGGUCGACUGGUAUAGGGACUCGCCCGGUUAUAAUGGAUUUCAUGAAGCAAAUCGGUCAGACAAACAGGCUAGUUUUGGCAACUGAUGAAUGGCUACGGGUGGAAAAAUGUGAUAGCAUCUAUGCUCUAGGUGAUUGUGCUACAAUAAAUCAACGAAAAGUCAUGGAAGAUAUUGCAGCCAUUUUUAGCAAGGCAGACACGAAAAAUACUGGCCGUUUAAAAGUUGAAGAUUUUAAGGAAGUCAUUAACGACGUAUCCGAAAGGUAUCCUCAAGUGGAAAUCUACUUGAAGAAGAAACAAUUAAAGAAUUUUGUUCAACUUCUUAAAAAUUCACAAGGCGAUGAUAAACUGGAUAUUGAAAAAUUCAAAGCAGCACUUUCUGAAGUGGAUUCGCAGACUAAAAAUCUUCCUCCAACAGCACAGGUGGCUGCUCAACAAGGUGCUUACCUUGCCGACUGUUUCAAUCGAAUGGAGAUCUGCGAAAAGUAUCCUGAAGGUCCAUUAAGGUUCCGAGGAUCUGGAAGGCAUCGAUUCCGCCCAUUCAGGUACAAGCACUUGGGACAAUUUGCACCAUUAGGAGGAGAGCAAGCUGCAGCUCAACUUCCUGGAGAUUGGGUUUCCAUAGGCCAUAGCUCCCAGUGGCUCUGGUACUCUGUGUAUGCCAGCAAGCAAGUCAGCUGGCGCACAAGGAUGUUGGUUGUUUCCGAUUGGGGAAGACGUUUCAUUUUUGGAAGGGACUCUAGUCGAAUAUGAGGUGCCAUGAACGAUCCAUACAUCAAAAAGGAGAAUGAAUUUUAUACCAUUUUUACAGACACAGCAGAGAAAUUUUGUUGCAUUUCGUUUUGGAUCCCCAAAUCUUGUUCAAUUUUUCUGUUUAGUAUUAUCUUUUUUACGUUCAUAUUAACAUUAUAACUUGUCCACAUGGAUCAACAUGAUUUACCUUGGCUGAGACGUUAAAACCGAACACCAAAAGA